AUGGCUACGAGUAUAGACAAUCACAAUUGCUCAAACUUUGCUUCCGAAUGCAACAUUCGUCCGCCAGGCUUGGUAAAGGCCAGAAACGAUGCCAAAUGGGAAGUUCUCAGGAAAGACAUCUACCACAUAUACGUGGAAGAGAAGAAUACACUCGAGAGGACAAUGGAAUUGAUCAAGACAAAUCAUGGAUUCACGGCCAGUUUGAGGAAGUGGAAAGACAAGCUCAAAGAAUGGACUUACGAUAAGUACCUUGGCAAAGACGCCAUGAAGGUCAUCGUCGCGAAGCAACAGAAGAGAAAGGCUGAGGGAAAAGAUACCGUGUUUGUACAUGGUGCCGAAGAAAUUAAGGCUGAAAGAAUUGAGGACUUUAAGCGACGGAAAUUGAUUAGGGAGGAGAACAUUGCUUCACCAAGUGCUGCAACGCCAGCUAAUGUUACGUACCAUACUCCUUUGCCGCAUGACUACAACGAAGUAGAAAUGGAAACUCCGAAAGGUGGCAACAUGGUGUCUCAAGAAUUGGGAGACCAUGCCCUUUUGCUGGGGUUACAACCAGAGAUGAACCCACGAGCAUUGGAGGAGCAUUCUCACUAUCGUCUCCGGGAUAUGCCAGACCUGCUUUCACACAACGCCGCACCAUCUACAACAGCAAAUAAUCCAUGCAUGGACUUUAUCGACGAAAGCUUGGUUCGGAAUAAAAGUUUGGUCAAGAAUCAAAGCUUGAUCGAGAACCAAAACAUAGUCGAAGAUCCCACUGCUGGUAUGAUCUGCAUAAGCCAGGAUGUAACUACGAGUGUUCCAACUUACCAAGCGACCGACAUUUUGAUAGCAGAAAGAAUCGUUCUCGAUAUUGCAGAAAGACUCUAUCUCGGUAUUGACCCAAGUCUGCCGCCUUGUCUGACAAUUUUUAAUCCAAGUGAACUUCUUCCUCCUGAUAUGAUAAUUUUGUGUUCUCAACUCGCUUCGGGAUAUUUUACUUCUGGGUGUGCACCACUACUGUACGAUCACGAUCCUGAAAAUUCAAUGGUGGAUAGAUCUACAAUUGUAAAUUUUCUGCUGAUUCAUUGUCUUAAUCGUGUUGACUCACAAGAGUACUCUCUUAUGGAAACAGAAGCAAAAUUGAUGUUUCGUCAGGCGAUUACGUAUUUCAACUCCAAGUCAGAGGCUAUCCACCGCGUUAAGGCACUCUUAUGUCAAUACUACCUUGAGACCGCAUUCGAAAGACAUGGUCAAUCCCAAACACCACGAUAUACUCUUGAAAAGUUUACGCUUGCUAUUACUCUUGGGGGCGCUGAUGAUUACAGACCGGCAUACGAGAUCCAAAGUUUAUUAACCGAAUCAACGGCAGCCGUCCGACAAAUUUGCCUAGAUAUCCUUCCAUUACUUACCCCAAUCAUAGUGGAAAUCGAGGCAAAUGGAUCAAAUGUUGAGAAGAAAGUUUGUAGGUUAUAUGCUGCAAUUAUGGUCACUCUCGACUAUCUUCGUUUAGACCGUUUUGAAAACAUUCUUAUACACUCCAGUCUAAGAAAUGUCGACAAGGUUCUUGACAUAAUCUCGAAGACUGACCGUGGCUUGGAAGAUUGUCUAAGCCUCCAACGACGAGCAAGGUUCGGGGCCAGCCGAGAAAAUCUCGAAAGACUUUAUACGUUAUUAUGGAUGUCGACCUAUGAUUUCCGCAUCUUUAAGAAAGAAUUGGCCAAGUUAACAAGACAGAUAAAAGCCGCCAUGGCAUUACUCCAAGAGGUGAUUGAUGAAGGGAAAGCUGGUGUUGUCAAACCUGUGUUGAAGAGUAAGGUCCACAACGCUCUAGUACAAAUAAUGGCAGAAUUGAAAAGAACCAGCAACAAAACGGUUGCAGUCAAUAUGGCCGCGCCAAAGGGUUUAACUGUCACUCACCUUGAGUCACGAAGCACCCGGAGUGCUAGACAGUCGGAGCACAGCGGCUUUGCGGAUGACUUCGACGACCAAAGCGAAGCAUCAGGCUGUAUAUUUGGAAUCACUCACUUAAACUGUGAGUGA